AUGCUCAAUUUCCUGCUGUAUUUUGUCGGAAUCGCCGUGCUGCUGAUUUGUGCACGCGGCUUCUAUAACGUCUUUUUGCAUCCACUUCACCGGUAUCCGGGACCGUUGCUGUAUCGAGCGAGCUUCCUUCCGCUGAUGCUCAAGCACUGCCAUGGCGACUCGACUCGGUACAUUCAGAAUCUGCACAAGCGAUAUGGGCCAGUCGUCCGAGUCGAACCUAACCUGCUGAGCUUUGCCGACAGCCAGGCAUGGCAAGACAUCUACGGCCAUCGCAAGACGGGACCCGAGGCCCAGACGAAGCCGCGUGGUAAUCUGCCCAAGCCGUCAUUCGGCAUCCGCAAGAAUCUGAACGGCGUUUCAGACAUAAUCAACGCCAAUGAGCAAGACCACAAGCGCAUGCGCAGGGUCAUGAACCACAUGUUUGCCCAGGGGGCUUUGGCAAAGGAAGAACCACUAGUCCAGCGAUAUGUGGACAAGAUGGUCGACCGUCUUAGAGAUAAGGCAAUCUAUGGAAAGGAAGUUGACAUGGUCAUGUGGUACAACUAUACUACCUUUGAUCUACUGGGUGCAUUGGCGUUUGAUCAGGAUUUUGGCUGUCUUGAAAGCAGCGAGCUUCACCCAUGGGUGGUUAAUGUCUUCAGGUCGCUCAAGAAUGGCUAUCUGCAGAGGAUGCUGAACCGCUUUCCAUACCCGUUCAACAAGUUGGCCUUUAACUACUACAGCAAUGCCACACUUACGCAAGCCCGGAAGGAAGAGUUUGGGUUUGCGGUGGCUAGCGCCAAGCGGAGGAUGGCCCGGGGUGUCGAUGAGGGCAAACACGACUUCAUGAGCUAUAUGUUGAAGAAUAACGAAAACGGUAUGUCUGAGGGCGAAAUCAUCAGCAACUCAGCCCUUCUUAUCAUUGCCGGCAGUGAAACUAGCGCGUCAUAUCUCUCUGGUGCAACCUAUCACCUUUGCAUGCACCCGGAAGUCAUGAAGAAAUUGACAACCCUAAUCCGGUCGAGUUUCGCCACCGAGGCCGAGAUUACAUCUUCCUCGCUUGCUCAGCUGGAGUACCUAACAGCGGUCCUCAAGGAAGCCGGACGUACAUACCCCGCCUUGCCUUCCGGCCAGCCAAGACUCGUCACUGAGACAGGGGCAUUCAUUUCCGGGGAGAUGGUGCCUCCAGGAACUCUUGUCUUUUCGCAUCCCAUGGGGUCAAGCAUGGCACCUUUCAACUUUACAAACCCGGAGCAGUUUGUCCCUGAGCGCUGGCUCAAGGAUCCUCCGUUCCCGUACAAUGACGACAAUCUCGAUGCUUCCAUGCCGUUUGGUCUGGGUCCACGGUCCUGCAUUGGUCAGAGCCUCGCUUGGAUCGAGAUGCGCCUGAUCCUUGGGCGUCUGCUCUGGAAUUUUGACCUCGCCCUUGCCCCAGAAUCGAGCCGCUGGAUCAAGGAACAGAAAGUCUUUCAGGUUUGGGAGAAAACGCCGCUUAAAGUGAGGAUCACGAUGCGCCACGACCUUGCUGAUCGGAAAUAGGUAGGAGCAUCCAUGGGGCCUUUAGAUUAUAUGGCAGAGUUCUCGGAAAGAUUGUGACUCGGUUUGAUUGUAAUUCGGUUGGAUUGCGCUACA